UAAAUACAAGGAUUAGGAUAAACAAAACAUUCAUAUGCUUGUUGAACUUCCUAACAUAAGAUCCACAGAAUUAAACAAACAACUUCAACAUGGAAAAUUUCAAAGUAAAUGAUUCAACAGAAAAAUUGCUUUCAAUGAGCCUGAAAGAGUUAUUGACAUUGGAUGAGAAUUUGAAGCAACAUCCUUCAACUGAAGAUAUAUUAUUUUCGCUACGCAAGAAACAAAGCAACAUGAAAAGAAUUAGAAAAUCACAAAUAAAGUCUGCAAGUGAUUCUCCAUUAGUUUCACCCAAAAGUGUACGAGAAAAUUAUGAAAAUAUAUCUCCGGCUCAGAUGUACAACAAGAUGGAAAUGAUAAUUCAGAAAAACAGCUCGAAGAAGCAAUCUCCUCGUCGCGUAGUUCCUUAUCCUGCUUUGAAAUCUCGCAGAAUGGUUUCUCCAUCGACGUCUUUGUGGAUAAAUGUUGUUAGACGACAACAUGGCAAAUUAUGCAACAACAGAGUUUAAAAUAUAUUUCUAAGCAAAUUCUAUCAUUUUGAAACUCUUCAAAUUGUUACGUAUAUUUAAUUUUAUCAUUUUAAAAGUCUUCCAAUUGUUACGUAUAUUUAACAUUGACUUGAGAAUAAAAUUUUCUUUACUUUUACCAAUUUUUUUGUGUUUAUAUAUAUACUUAAAAAACAUUAUCACAAAUUAUAACUUUCAAAUAUGGGUAGCAACCGAUUCAUCAAAUAUGGACAAUCACACCAAUCUGAGUGAAACCGGAUGAAAUCAGUGCAGAAUUACAUAAACAUGAUGUUACUUCUUUUUUUGUGCGUGGUAGUAUCAUUGGAUAAAGACGGGCGCUAAACACAGUUGAGUGAGUACUCAAGAGAUAACGGAGUUUAGCGAGUACAACCAUAUGCGGGGAAUAUGUUUCAUGUGAAUCUCCCUUUGCAAACAGUUGAAAAAAUACACAUACAAUAACUUUUUCACAUUGUAUUUAAUAAUAUUACGCUCAUGUCCGUAUAAACUAAGUAUUGAAAAGAGUGUUUAUAUUUGUAUUCAUUCACCUUCACAAAUAAUGUUUAUCAUUUUUUUCAUGACUUCUAACAUAGUAAAACUGUGCGUUCAAACGUUUUUCUCCUCUAUAUUUUAAAACACAUAUUCUAUUACAUCUUCUGUUUUCAUCUAAGUGCUGCACAAACGCUAGAAUUAACAGAACCCGGUAACACCAAAUCUCGUAAACAGAUAAAAGAGUAUUUCAAAAAUAUUUUGUUGAAGCUGUUUUGUUCAUCUUUUAAAAGACGAAUCUGUCGAAAAAUCUUUUUUUGCAAAUUGAACAUUGGAUUCGAAGAUUCUGAAAAAUCACAACAAUAUGAAAAGAACCGGGUGAAAUCAGUGUAAAAUCAAAUAUUCAUGAUGAUAAUUCCUUUUUGUGAGUUGUAGUAUCAGUAACUGAAGAAACGUGUUCAAUUCCAGAUAAAUCUUUCUUUGCAAAAUCGUUUUGGUGGUAAAGAAACUAUGAUUUUUGUGCGUUACAGACAAAGUGGAAUGGAGUCAAUAUACCGGCGGUUACACAUUCUGUUCAUAAACAUAAUAUUGAAAGUAUAUUAAAUAUUACAAUUUAGAUGUUUGUGGCUAAUCAAAGGCGGUAUUUUAUAAA